AUGAACACAAUCGUCCUCGGUACCCCUCGCGGAAACGUUACUAAACGCUUCAGGCACGUACACCCCUUUUGCCCGCCUCUUAGAGCCCCUACUGACGCCCCCAGCCCACCCAGCUACACCGCGCGUUACCCAUAUACCAUCCUACUCAUAAACGCGUUGGAAGGCCCUCAAAAAGAGCCCGAACGGAUUCAUAGCCAUCGUCCUCCCCUACAUACUCCUCCCAAGCCAGCGAUACUCGACCAGCCGCUCAUCACUCAGUCAUCCACUCAGUCAGCCACUCAGCUAGCCACUCAGUCUGAUACUCUACAAGAGGAGGAGCAAGAGGAGGAACUACAACAGGCAAAUGUGGAGAACACUGCGGAGAAACCAAGCGGCAACAAGGCCACCAUCGUCAAAAACACGGCUCAGCUCUCCAAGAUCCCACACCAAUCCACUCAGCCAGGGCAAGAGAAGUCACGACAGCAGGCAAAUGCGGAGAACACUGCGGAGAAAUCAAGCGGUAACAAGGCCACCAUCGUCAAGAACACGGCUCAGCUCUCCAAGAUCCCACGUCAUAUCAGUCAUCCACUCAGCCACCAUCGUCAAGAACACGGCUUAGCUCUCCAAGAUCCCACGUCAUAUCAGUCAUCCACUCAGUCAGCCACUCAGCUAGCCACUCAGUCUAAUACUCUACAAGAGGAGGAGCAAGAGGAGGAACUACAACAGGCAAAUGUGGAGAACACUGCGGAGAAACCAAGCGGCAACAAGGCCACCAUCGUCAAAAACACGGCUCAGCUCUCCAAGAUCCCACACCAAUCCACUCAGCCAGGGCAAGAGAAGUCACGACAGCAGGCGAAUGCGGAGAACACUGCGGAGAACACUGCGGAGAUAGUCAUCAGCAGCAGUGACACAAUAGGCCUACUCUCCACGGUCUCACACCAAUCCACUUAG